GUUGCAUACGGGAACUUCUCAACUUCGUACUCUUCCCGCGCAGAAACGCACGCAGCAAAUCAUGAUUCGCUUCGUUGCUGUAUUGCUCGUCUUCGGCUUGGCCUUCGGACAACGUCAAGACGUCGUAUAUGAAGACUGUGGAUGCAACGCCCAAGUUACUUCAGUCCAAUUGGAGCCGUGUGACUCCAAUCCAUGUGUCAUCAAGCGUGGAUCAAAAGUGAAGAUUCACUUUACUUUGGUUUCAGACCAAGACAGUGACACCGCUAGACUCGACGCCACCAUGAAGGUGUUCGGCAUUAAGAUGCCAAUCCCCGGUCUGGAGAAAGACAUGUGCAAUGUUGUUCAGUGCCCCAUUGUCAAGGGAAAUACGUACACCGGAGUUUUGGAAGCGGAUGUGCCCUGGUUUGCGCCUGCCAUGAAAAGCCAAGUCGAGCUCAAGCUUCUGGGCGACAAAGGCAUCAGCAUUUGCACCAAAACCAAUGUGGUCGUCGAAUAAAUAGUUUUUUCGUUGAGCCAC